UGCAAAUAUAGUCAGUCAGUCCCACUGCCGGGUGUGGAGUGUCCCUUAAACUGUGAAAGAAUGAGGAUGAGCUUUGGCUUAAUUUUUAGGACAGCAAAAGGCCGCUGGAUGGCAAAGCUCAGCCGGCAGUGCUCACGUGGAUACACUGAAUUGUUUGUGCCAUCGAGUCCUCCUUUGGACCCUGAGAAGGUCAAAGAGUUCCAGCGCUUUAUCACCCUUUCCAAGAGACUGCUAGUGAUGACUGGAGCAGGAAUCUCCACUGAGUCGGGGAUUCCAGACUACAGGUCAGAAAAGGUGGGACUUUAUGCCCGCACAGACCGGAGGCCCAUCCAGCAUGGGGAUUUUGUACGGAGCGCUCCAAUCCGCCAACGGUACUGGGCAAGAAACUUUGUAGGCUGGCCUCAGUUCUCCUCCCACCAGCCUAACCCUGCACACUGGGCUUUGAGCAACUGGGAGAGACUGGGAAAGCUGUACUGGUUGGUGACCCAAAAUGUGGAUGCCUUGCACACCAAGGCGGGGAGUCAGCGCCUGACAGAACUCCACGGAUGCAUGCACAGGGUCCUCUGCUUGGACUGUGGCGAGCAGACUCCCCGCAGGGUGCUGCAGGAGCGGUUUGAAGUCCUGAACCCCACCUGGAGCGCUGAGGCCCACGGCCUGGCUCCGGACGGUGAUGUCUUUCUCACCGAGGAGCAGGUACAGAGCUUCCAGGUCCCAUCCUGCUCUCGAUGUGGAGGCCCCCUGAAACCAGAUGUUGUCUUCUUCGGGGACACGGUGAACCCUAACACAGUGGAUUUUGUGCACAAGCGUGUAAAAGAAGCUGACUCUCUCCUGGUGGUGGGGUCAUCCUUGCAGGUGUACUCCGGUUACAAGUUUAUCCUCACAGCUCAGGAGAAAAAGCUGCCCAUUGCAAUAUUGAACAUUGGGCCCACACGGUCGGAUAACUUGGCAUCUCUGAAACUGGAUUCACGUUGUGGAGAGUUGCUGCCUUUAAUAGACCCACACUGACCACAGCCUGAUGUUCCUGAGAUGGAAACUGAAACUUUCCCUUGAAUUCUGCUGCUAAAGAUCCAUAAGGAUUCACCCUUGCUUCCUCUAAGCCAUCCAGGCUCACCAAGUGUAGCCUACAGAGGGCAGCAGACCAACAUCUCUGCCAGCCCAUCUCUAAACCCAGCAGGUUUCAGAGCCCAAGAGUGAAGAUCUUUAGGAAGAUGAGAUUUGCCCCACAGCUUCUCCUGAUAGGAAAACUGCUUUCACUUCCUUUUUAUCUCACCAGGCAGAAGAAAUAGCCCAGGAUAUAUGUAGGCCAGAAUGGUCUCUGGAGUGCUACCCUAGGAAUCUCACUAAUUGGGGGUGGGGAGGAAAUGACUUAAUUUAUAAUUCCAAGUGGUUGUCUUUAACUGAACCAUUUUGAUAUAUUUUUUAAAAUAGAUGAACAAUAGUGUUAAUGAAUUUUUUAUUAACAAAGGAAUAAAGGAAUCAUUUUAAAAAUAC